CUGGAAAAGGGACUCGUUGCUUCCGCAUCGGACACAAUUGUUGGGUGCACCUGCUUUGGGAUGGAGUUUUGUUGACAAACGUCGUGAAAGCGCAUUCGUUCGUCAACUUGUAGCAGCGGACGACAACAUUCAGUGUCCAGCGAGGGGAGCAUCAUGGCCGAAACUAUCAUCAUCCGUGUUCAAUCCCCAGAUGGAAUGAAGAAAAUUCCUUUGACGAAGCGGGAGACUGCUGCUGCCUUUUUAAAGAAGGUAGCCAAAGAGUUUGGCUUCAACUCCAACCGCUUCUCCCUUUACCUGAACCGCAACAAAACCGGCGAAAUCCUCUCGCAGAACAAAAGCCUCAGCCUGCUGAAGAUUAAGCACGGCGACAUGCUCUUCUUGUUCCCCUCGGGCUCGCCGGCCUCCUCAUCGUCAUCGUCCGCCGAGGUGAUGGACACGGCCGCCCCGCACUCAUCGUCAUCAUUGCCAUCCGCUUCCUCGUCCUUCCCGAUGCCCCGCCCCCAGUCGGCGCCGCAGAUCCAGGAGGAUGACAUCGACCAGUAUCUGACCAAACAGGACGGCAAGAUCUACAGGAACCGAGACGCGCAGCUAUGUCGCCACGGCGCCCUGGGCAAGUGUGUGCACUGCGUGCCGUUGGAGCCUUUUGACGAAGACUACCUGAACCACCUGGACCCGCCCGUCAAGCACAUGUCGUUCCACGCGUACCUGCGAAAGCUGACCGGAGGAGCCGACAAGGGGAAGUUUGCCGCCCUGGAGAAUAUCAGCUGCAAGAUCAAGUCGGGCUGCGAGGGUCACCCUCCCUGGCCGGAGGGCAUCUGCACCAAGUGCCAGCCCAGCGCCAUCACGCUCAACAGACAGAAAUACCGACACGUGGACAAUAUCAUGUUUGAGAACCACACCAUCGCCGACCGCUUCCUGGACUUCUGGCGCAAGACGGGCAGCCAGAGGGUGGGCUACCUGUUCGGCAGGUACACGGAGCACAAAGACAUCCCGCUGGGCAUCCGAGCCGAGGUGGCCGCCAUCUACGAGCCUCCGCAGAACGCGACUCAGAACAGUCUGGAGCUGCUGGAGGACCCCAAAGCCGCAGCCGUGGACGAGAUCGCCGCCAAGCUUGGCCUUCGGAAGGUGGGAUGGAUUUUCUCCGACCUGAUCUCCGAGGACACCAGGAUCGGGACUGUCCGCUUCACCAGAAACCAGGACUCGCACUUCCUGAGCGCGGAGGAGUGCAUCACGGCGGGCUACUUCCAAAACCAACAUUCCAACCCCUGCAAACUCUCCCGAGACGGACACUUUGGCUCCAAGUUUGUGACGGUGGUGGCCACAGGCGGUCCGGACAACCAGGUGCACUUCGAGGGCUACCAGGUGUCCAAUCAAUGCAUGGCCCUGGUGAGGGAGGAGUGCUUGCUGCCCUGCAAGGACGCCCCCGAGCUGGGCUACGCCAAAGAGUCCAGUCCCGAGCAGUACGUCCCGGACGUCUUCUUCAAGGACAAAGACAAAUUUGGCAACGACGUCACCUUCUUGGCACGCCCUCUUCCCGUCGAGUAUCUUAUCAUUGACAUCACCACGACGUUCCCCAAGGACCCCCACUUCACCUUCAGCUCCACUCAGCGCUUCCCCAUCGAGAACCGAGAAAUCCUCGGAGAGACGCAAGACUUCCACAGCCUGGCCACGUAUUUGUCGCAGUGCGCCUCCGCGUCCUUCCUGGAUAUCGUGUCCGACUUCCAUCUGCUCCUCUUCCUGGUCACCAACGAGGUCAUGCCUCUGAGGGACAGCAUCGGCCUGCUGCUGGAUGCCGUCAAGACAUCCGACGGGGACCUCGCUGAGACCUGGAAGAAGUCGGAGCAGUGGGCCACCAUCGAACAGCUGUGCGGCACGGUAGGGGGGCAGCCGUCGGCUUCGGUGGGUUUCGACAGCAUGGGGGACCCGUCGGCACCUCCGUCCUCCUCUGCCAUGUGGUCUUGCGCGCACUGCACGUUCAUGAACCAGCCCGGGACCGAGCACUGUGAAAUGUGCAGGCUGCCCCGCACUUAAAACGCCCCCCCCAACCCCCCCUCUCGCAGCCCCUCCGCUUUUGCUUUCCAACGAAAGAUCUCGGGGCCCCUCUGCUCUCAGUAUUGAGCGCUUCCCGCUCGGAUGGUUUGGACUGCAACCGGCGCUCAUCGGAUUGGAUGACGCUCGCCUGUCGGUCUUCAUCUUCGCUCAACUGGUGCUCGCCCAAAUUUUUUGUUUGUCGUUUUGGUUGGUUUUGUUUGACCCGAUAACGGAAUCUGACAGAGCGCAAGAACCAAAAACGUGGUGCCUUGAGAUACAUUUUGAAUUUGUUUUGUGAUCUCUAAUCAUCUUUUGUCCAGAAGAAUGGUUGUAAAGGCCACUCCAGCCCCCCCCCCACCCAAAAAAAACCCACCUCACCUGUUUUUCAUGAGAAAUCGACCGAUGCGGAAUUUGUUAGGCCGCUACCAAUCCGGAUAUCUGUUACGAUAAAAUUCCUUGAUCGGCUUUGAAAAAUAUGUAACAAAUAAAAUAAAAUAUGUGAAUUACCGGCAGAAAAGAAUAUUUGACUGAUUUACAAGAACAGAACUUUGUCCUUUGUUUAUCUUGACUUUUGAAAGACAACCCCCCGCCACCCCAAAAAAUCGCUCUAAAAACAUUCAAGUUGAGACGCUCGUAUCUCAAGGCACCGCUCCGUUUUAUUGUCUUUGCCACGUGUUUUGCGAAACUUGUGCGCAGACUCACAAAGUACAAUUUGGAAAGGUGCAAGGAGGCCCGACAAAAAUCCCGUUCUCGCAACUUCGCAAGAAGGUCCCAAAAACGCUCAGCUUGGGAAGUCGCCCGUGCGCCUCACGAAGCAAGCCGAGUCUCGCUAUUUCGUAUGAUACAUGAUUUGCGGACGCGAGUUAAAAUAUGUAAAGCGCACAGGCGGCGGCUUAAGUUCAAGCACUUCAUUUUUCAAAAUUUCCGUUGUUGAUACAAAAGCGCGAAGUGGGCGGCUGAGACUUAAUCGGCGUGAAGCGCACCAAAUUGAAAAAGAAACCAAGCGCGAUGAAGAGAGAAACUUGCUCCGUGUUCUCUCGAGGAUUUGCGACAUUUCCAAAACCAGGAAGGACGCAUGGACACACUUGGACAGAAGGUUCCAGAGUUCCUGACGGGCAUUUGCGUCCUUGCUGGCUAUUUAUGCCUCUUUAGGAGUUUGACUGCAAUUCUGUUGAUGAUGUGAGAAAACGUUUUUUUUUUUUUUUUUUUAAGUCGAGACUUUUUUGUUGUUGUUUUGGGUUGGGGUUGAGUGUGGGCGUGAGAAUUCUUGAGUGGUUAUUUGAAGUCCUGUUAAGCGGGCGACUUAUGUCGGCAUUUGCUGAGCAAGCCUCCUCCUGAUGUGACUUGCAUUUGAAGGAAUAAAAACCAAGAAUUCAAAAUUGCAA